AAGGAAUCUAGCGACCUGAAUGCCGAACGGCGGCAAUGAAUCGGAUGCGCUACCAGAGUCGGUACUUUACUUCAUGUGCACCGUGGUUGCUACAUGACGUCGCGCAUCGCCCAAACCAGCUCAACACGUUGGAUUCGACCAGCCGUGCCCAAAGGGUCGACUCUUUCUCCUUCGUUUUCUUUUGUACCUGAGAAACAGCGAUUUGGAAUUGCACUGCCGUUCUGAGCGAGACUACGGUCAGCACCCAGUCCCGGUUUUCUGAACCAGCGCAUCAUUGCAUCGACUAAAAAGCAACUCGAUGCGGCAUGCCUCCCCUACUAGGUUUCUCGGACAACCCUUUUGGGACCCAUACCGACUUCAAGACUGCCAGUCUCGCUCUGCUUCGUGCCCUGAAGCCCUACCAAUCCCGGGGUGGCGCACGCAUAAAGCUGCCUUUGGCGACAGGAACACACUUUGAUGAUGUCGCGGCACAACUUGAAGGCUUUGCACGUCCACUGUGGGCCGUUGGCACGCUCAUGCACUCGAAUAUUGUCACUACAGAGCAGUACAACGAUCUGAUUGAGCCAUAUGUCAGAGGCUUAGCGAAUGGUACCGAUCCAACUCAUCCUGAGUACUGGGGCCCGGUUGUAUUACGAGAUCAGAGGAUGGUUGAGAUGGAGAUCAUUUCUUUCGCACUCUUGUCUGCGCCAGAUACUAUGUUCCAUUCUCAGACCCAAGACGCGAAGAACAACAUUACAGAAUGGCUGAAGACGAUCAAUGGUAAAGACUUUCCAGUCACGAAUUGGCUCUGGUUCCGUGUUAUGACGAAUUUGGCGCUCAUCAAAACGUGCGGCAUUCCCCAGAACGAGGUACUCGAAGCUAUGAAGAGUGACCUAGAUCUCAUGGAGCAAUUCUAUCUUGACAAGGGAUGGGCCGCGGAUGGAAUUUGGAGUGACCAGGGCCGACAAGCAGAUUACUACUCCGGAAGCUUCGCGAUACAGUUCUCCCAGCUGAUCUACGUGAAGAUGGCGCGAGAUCUUGAUCCGGAGCGGUGUGAGAGGUUCCGGAAGAGGGCUGUAGAUUUCGCUUCUUCAUUCUGGCGAUACUUCGACACUAACGGCGCAGCAAUACCAUUUGGGCGCAGUCUCACGUAUCGCUUUGCAUUUGCAGGGUUUUGGUCCGCCGUCGCAUUUGCAGAAAUCGAACUUCCACACCAAUUAAAUGACCCAGGAAUCAUAAAGGGUAUUCUACUGCGUCAUUUUCGCUGGUGGAGUAACAAGCAUGAUAUUUUCAAUAGCGAUGGCAUCCUCACUAUUGGCUUCACAUAUCCGAACAUGUACAUGAGCGAGGACUACAACAGUCCUCAGUCGCCAUAUUGGGCUAUGAAGUCUUUUCUUGCUUUGGCACUGCCAGAGAUACAUCCGUUCUGGACAACGGAAGAGAAAACUCUUCCAAAAUCAUUGGACCAAAUAGUCUCAGUGCAGCCGCCCAUGCACAUAAUAUGCAACGAACCAAACCACCAUUUCCUUCUCUCCAUGGGACAGUUCUGUCCCUGGCCCCUUAAAGCUACGGAAGCCAAGUACGGUAAAUUCGCAUACUCUUCGCACUUCGGCUUCAGUGUCCCAACCGGACCGCUAAUCCAGCAAACGGCGCCAGACAACACGCUCGCUCUCAGCAAGGAUGGCGGCGAUACAUGGCGUGUUCCAUGGAAGGUUGCUGGAGAUUGUUUAAAACUUGGCAAUAUAGAGCUCUUCUAUAGCGACGAUAAUUCUGAGAUUCUGCCAACUCUGUCAAGUAAAUGGAAGCCCUGGGCCGAUGCCGAUAUCGAAGUAUUUACAUGUUUGGUUGCACCUUCUAAACGCUGGCCGGAUUGGUAUUUACGCUGGCACAGGAUUACAAACAAUGAACCAAACGACAUCAAAAUACAUGCUGUUCAAGGAGGCUUCGCAAUUCAUGGUCGGGGACACACAGCUGGUGAAGUCCUACCAGCCUAUUCAGAUAUGGACAGCUUAGUUAGUAGCGACGCCAGGCAACAUCGUGGCUUUUCCGAAGGCACACUCCAAACCGAAGACGGUAUUCUGAUAUGUUCCGAUGCCGGCGCAAGCGGCAUUCGCUCCAUUGCCAUGACUCCCGCUCUCCACAAUAACGACCAUCUGAAAGUAAACAUGCAACCUGAAUUGUUGAAGCCAGAUGCGAAUACGAAUCUAAUAUGGCAAAGAACACUUAUACCAACCAUCAAGCUAGAGACGCAUCCCUCGUCACGAACCACCAUGUUCGGAUCUGCUGUGUUUGCUCUGAGCAGGACGGAGGAUCGAAAAGAGCGAUAUGCCGGGUUAGACAUCGCGAAGUUGUGGAACAAUGUCCCUGCUGUUUGUCGAUCAAAAGAGGCAUGAACGAUGAGCUAGGAAAUAUCUAUAUCACAAUCCGCCAGGCGGUAAGUAGGUCUUUAUUUCGAGAUGAUCCUCAUUCAAUACAGGUCAGAAACCUAUCAGAUGAACUUAUGGAAACGAGACAGGGCUCUGAGUAUUGUACAAGCGGAGUCGUAUUGAAUUGUCUACUCGGACCAAACGCUGUUCAUAAGCCCUCUUGCUCCAUUCGCAUAACUCUCUAUAACAAAC